CCCGGCCCGCCCCGCGCCGGGCGCCGCCCCCGCUUAUCCACCGGCGGCUCCGAGCGGAUCGGAGCCUCGUCCCUCCCGGAGCCUGCCGGUGCCUGAUCCUUCCCGGUGCCUCCUGCCGGAGGAGGGGCGGGGGCAGGCGGGGGGGUCCCCGCCAUGGACCCCCGGCCUCUCAACGAGUCGCUGCAGGAGAUGCUCUGCCGCUCCGGGAACGGCACCGGGAACGGACCCGGCACCGGCACCGGCAACGGGACCAACGGCUCGGUCUGCGACCUCCUCCGCAGGGGCCUCCGCGGGCCCCCGGCGCCCAGAGAGCUGGACGUGGCGGUGCGCGUGGUGCUGUACGUGCUGAUCUUCGUGCUGAGCGUCGGGGGCAACGCGCUGGUGGUGGCCGUGCUGGCGCUGAACCGGCGGCUGCGCACCGUCACCAACUGCUUCCUGCUGUCGCUGGCCCUGAGUGACCUGCUCCUGGCGCUGUGCUGCAUGCCCUUCACCCUGCUGCCCGGCCUCAUGGGCGCCUUCAUCUUCGGCGACGUGGUCUGCAAGCUGGUCGCCUACCUCAUGGGGGUCUCGGUGGCCGUGUCCACCUUCAGCCUGGUGGCCAUCGCCAUCGAACGCUACAGUGCCAUCUGCAACCCGCUGCAGUCGCGCGCCUGGCAGACGCGGUCCCACGCGUGCCGCGUCAUCGCGGGCACCUGGGCGCUGGCAGCGCUGCUGAUGCUGCCCUAUGCCGUGUACAGCACCACGCGGCCCGCGGCCCCCCGCCCGCCCCCCGCCCAGUGCACGCACCACUGGCCCAGCGAGCGCGUCCGGCAGGCCUGGUAUGUCCUGCUGCUCCUCGUGCUCUUCUUCAUCCCGGGCGUGGUGAUGACGGUGGCAUACGGGCUCAUCUCCCGUGAGCUCUACCGCGGCAUCCGCUUCGAGCUGGACGUCAAGAGGGAGGUGGCAGCCCAGCAUGGCACUGGGGGGGACCCAGCGCCCGCCUGCGAUGAGGGUGACGGGUGCUACCUGCAGCUGUCCCGUCCGGGUGCAGCGCUGGAGCUGCGGGCGCUGGGGGCAGCGCAGCAGGACCGGGCCCGCAUCAACAGCUCGGGGGCCCAGCUGGCGGCCAAGCGGCGUGUGAUCCGCAUGCUGGUGGUCAUCGUGGCCAUGUUCUUCCUCUGCUGGCUGCCCAUCUUCGCCGCCAACACCUGGCGUGCCUUUGCCCCGCGGGCAGCCCAGCGGGCACUCUCAGGCACCCCCAUCGCCUUCAUCCACCUGCUGUCCUACACCUCAGCCUGCGCCAACCCCCUCAUCUACUGCUUCAUGAACCGCCGCUUCCGCAAGGCCUUCGGGGCCACCUGCGCGGGCUGGGGGUGCCGCCGCGCCUGCCCCCGCCGCCCGCCCGAGGACGAGCCCCCCAUGGCCAGUGCCUCACUCUCCAAGUUCAGCUACACCACUGUCAGCAGCCUGGGACCCCCCUGAGCCGGCACCCCCGAGCUGGAGCCUCCCGAGCCCUUCAACACCAGUGCCUGGGGCCCGCGCCACUGGGCCCCCACCAGCCCCCGCGGCCAACACCUUUCUCUCCAAGUUCAGCUAAACCAUCCUCAGCAGCCUGGGACCCCUGAGCUAGCCCCCCUUAGGCCCCCUAACAGCAGCGCCUGCCCCCCCCCAAGCUGGACGCCCCCAGCAGGACCCCCCAAGCAUGAACCCCUGCCCUGCCAGCACACCCGUGCCCCCUCCGGUGCCCCCCAGCCGCCUGCCCUCGCCCAGCACCCCCCGCUCAAUCCCAGUGGCCCCGACCCCCGGCUGGGUGGGGGCGAGGGGCGGGCGGGAGGAGCCUCGGGGCCGGGCCGGUCGGAGGCUGAGGGAGGUGGAAGAGCCCCCAGCCCAGCUCAGCCCGGGGUCUGCCCCGCUGCUCCCCGGCUACGGUCACAAUAAACUGACCCCGUGCCCA